AUGUGUUUGUAUUUUUUUUUUCAGAAACAGAAAAUGAAUAGAAUACAGAAUGGCUGGUUUUCCGAAAUAAAUGACCAGUGGCCCGGCCAAGCACUUUCUCUUGAAGUAGAGGAGAUUUUGUUUGAGGGAAAAUCAAAAUAUCAGGAUAUUCUUGUGUUUAAAAGGUAUGUUUCAGGACUAUCAAGAGUUAUCAAUUGCUCUAGAUAUUUCUACCAGAUACAAGGCAAUUCACCAAUUUUCACGACUAUUUGCAGAGCACAUGUCAUGCUUGAUAUAAAGAUUUGUUGUCAAUUGAAAAAAAAAAUGAAACUUGAAAAUAUUUACAGACUAAAAGUGUCACUUUUUACAUAUAAACAUAAGAAUGGAAUGACAUAAGUAACACCCUAGCUGUACUACUGAAUAUUCUCACAACUGCAUCAGAGAUUCACUCAUAUAAUACCAGGUAUGUUGCAAAUCAAAACUUCUUUAAGCCAUCAGUAUGCACUAAUUAUGGUAUGUCUACAUUUAAAUUAUCUGCAAUUAAGAUCUGGGAAUUUCCACCACUGGAAUUUAAACGUUUUCUAUACAUGCUAUUCAAAAAGUAGUGUAAAAGAUUCUUAUUGAGUACUCAAAACUGACAUGAUAAUAGUUUAAUUGUUAGCUAUAAAAGAUAAUGCUUCACAAUAUGCAGUUUUCCUUUGAUUCUAACUUGUAUUUAUGUAUGUCUUUCUUCUCUUAUGAUAACAAUAUUGUCUUUAAUGUAACUAUCGAUUUAAAUUAUACUUAACAUGCGGCCAACCCCAACUCAUAUCUACACAUGACAGUGACCAACUCGAAAGCUCAUUGGCUACUCUGGUCACCGUAAAUGAUUAAAUAUUCUUUCCUCUCGUUAAUUUCUGUUUGUAUUUUUUCUAUAUCAUUGUAAAUCAUGUUAUGUUAAGUUUUUUUUUUCUGUAAACAGUGUGGAAAAAAAAAUUCAAGUAAAGAAAUGCUAUUCAUUAGUUAUUCAGCCACAACAGUCAGUUAGUCAGUCAGUCACAUAGUAAUUUGAGUGAUCAGAGUUGGUGAGCAACUCAGAAUUCAAAUGAAUAAAGGGUGUAAGUUUCUAUAGAAACUGUGGUGCUGCAUCUGCAGGAGAGUUUAACAGGGUAAAUUAGUAUUAUCAAAUGAGUUGAUAACAUAAAAUGGCCACUCAAUUGAUUUACAAUCAGUUAGUCAGUCAGUCAGUUUAUCAGUCGGUCAGCCAUUCAAUCAGUCAGUCAGCCAAUCAUUCUUUUAAUCAUGUUUUCUUAAAUCAAUCAGGAUCCAUUACAAAUUUUUGUUUUCAUUGUUAUGAUACUUUAUUGGUGAACCCUACAAAAAUAUAUAUUUUCUUCUAAAGUUGAUCUAAUACUAUAAUCAAAUAGACCCACAAACACACAUAUUGAAUAGAAGUCUUCUCAAUUUUCUAGCAAGCAUCAUAGCAAGGUCCUUGUGUUGGAUGGAGUUAUACAAUGCACUGAUAGAGAUGAGUUUUCUUAUCAAGAGAUGAUUACUUUUCUUCCACUCAACUCGCAUCCUUGUCCUCGAAAGGUAAAAUAUUCCAAUUUGAACUACUGAUUAUCCUAUCAUUAAAUGUCUGAGUAACUAACCAGUUUGGCAAUUUGUGAUGAAAUCUCUAUGUGGCUAAAUACAGUACUUCUAAUAAUCUACAGGUUCUUGUUGUUGGCGGAGGCGAUGGAGGAGUUAUUAGAGAAAUUUCUAAACAUCCAGCUGUGGAGUCCAUUGUUCAAUGUGAAAUAGAUGAGGUGAGUGAAAAAGUGGUUGUGUGACUUACAGUACUCAUAAAGCUUUUGUGGUCUUUUUAUCAUUCAUUACCAGUCUUGCUCAAACUGUGCAAUAUGACUUUUAGUUGAAGGUCUUCCUCAAUAGGCUGUAUCUUUUUAAUCCUUCCACCCCUGAGGUUGAUUAGCAUCUAAUUUAUGUUAUUUAGUUAUGAGGAUAAAGGAAAUGAUCACUAGCUAAAAAAAAGUUGUGGAUUGUUAUAAGCUAAUUCUUCUUGUCAGCACCUUAGGAACGGCAUAGAACAGUCUGGAGAAUAUGCAUACUGAUGUUAGAGUGUAAAAGUUCAAUAAAAAAAGCCUGGUUUGUCACUGAUCACCAUCAUUAUCCUCCCUAAAUGUUCACUUGUCAGUGUUCUUGUUUUCAUAAUCCUCUCUGCCAAUAAGCAUAAGUAAUGAAAUUAUUUCAAAUGCAAUUGGUCUCAAUAUGUUUGUUAACACAAGUACAUUUUUCAAAUACAAAAAAAAUUCACAUGAGCUGAUAUUAGGUGUGUGCAAUUUAUGGUCUUAGGUGCAUAUUUACACCAAAUUACACUAGAAAUCAUGUUAUUGCUUGUUAAUAAUUUACAUGAAAAAAGCAUCACAGGAAGUCAAGACAGAAGAAAUUUUGAAAGUGCUUGUGUGCAAUUCGUAAUUUGCACUUGACUUACAACAUUGCACUUGUGUUACAUGAAGAAUGCACUUGAAGCACAUAAUUUUUUCAUGUAUAUUACAAUGAUGACUACAUGUAAAUCAUCCUAACAAUUGAUUUUGUUUUAAUAAUUAUGUUGACAUGAACUUCAGACAGUUUAUCUGAUUUGUUUUCAUUUUUCCAUGUAGGAAGUAAUUGAAGUGUGUAAAAAGCAUUUACCAAAUAUGGCCGAGGGUUUUAGCUCACCUAAAUUAACUCAGUAUGUAGGAGAUGGAUUUGAUUACAUGAAGAAGCAUGAAAAUGAAUUUGAUGUUAUUAUUACAGACUCUUCAGAUCCUGUAGGUAUGCAUACUUAUCAAUGCAAUAGCCAUCAUACCAGCUCUUAACUCCCAAGGUCUUGCCAUCAGUUCUAUGGUCUGUCACAUAAUUCUUAUGAUAAUAUGGCCUUGAGAAUCAACUUCCAUUUUACACUGAGUUCAUCGGUGUGAAAUUUCUGCUUGACGGGUGCAAAACUGUUGUUUUGAGGAGAAGCUACAUUUUGAGGGAGUUGAGGAGGGUAUGAAUGUCCCAACACUUAACGUUGAGCUUUAGAAACUUUAAAAAUAGUCCACUGGCGUUUUUGAAAAUUGCCAUCUUGUGCUGGAUGACAUCCAAUACAAGUGUGUGCUUUUUUACCACUUGACAUCAGUUAUCACUCAGUUGUUGAAUAAUAAAAUUGUGCUUACCUUUUUUUUUUUUUUUUUUGUUCCAAUUAUUAUUUUUUAAAAUUUUGUUUGUUUGUUGGUAACCGUAAAUGCAUGUAACUUACGUAUUAAAUCAGUAUCUUCAUUGUCCUUCCAGGUCCUGCAGAAUCUCUGUUUCAAGAAUCAUACUAUGAACUCAUGAAAAAAGCACUUAAACCAGAUGGAUUAUUAUGCUGCCAAGGUACUUAACACUUACUGUUUUGUUUUGAUAUAAUUUUUCGGCCGCCUUACUGUAUGUUGGUGCACAUGUGCGUUAUCAUUAAGACUGCAAUCGUGGGAUCUCGUGUACUAUACGAAGCCUCUCUAUACAAUGUAUACCAAAAACAUUUACCCGUAGUCCAUAGUAAAGAAAGAUGUUUCUUCGCCUUUCCUCGAUUCCCAACGGGGAGAUGCUCUACCACAGAGCCACUGAGACUCUGUGGUGAGAUACAUGUACAGAUGUAGGCCAUGACUGGGAAUGUGGUAACAUUUUAAGCUCAGUAAUGAAAUAAAGAACGAAGAAUCUUCUUGUCAAGAGCGUGGGGACAUAGAUAGUUGGUAGACAUAUUUAAGGAGAAAUUCGAACGUCGACUUAGGCUGGAUGUCGGCCGAAACACACUAGUAACAGCGAGCAACUGUGCCAUAGGGUACAGCUUCAAAGUGAUGCUAAUUGUCAUUCACCCUAAAAGCAUCGGAAACGUGCUGACUAGCUCAGUUUUGAUAGGGAAUCCAUGGUGAAAAAGACGAAUAAAUAUUCAUCAACACCUAUUUACCUUUGACAACGGUUCAUUCGCUCUAAGCAUAAUAAUCUCUUUUGACGCAGAUUUCAAAAGUUAGUGUCGAGAUUCAAUCAUGUUUAAAAGCAUAACGGUACUUUUUUCUUUUUCUUUAAUUUAAUUACGAUUUAAUGGCUACUAUCUGUAAAAGAUUCCUCAACCUCCAGACUAUCAAAAAGGUAAUAGGUAAGAUUAUAACAAUAUAACAUCCUCUCAUAUUCCAACACUUAAAUAGGAUCAUACUAACGUUUGCGUACGUUUUACGCCCAAAGCAGUGAAACUAAGCACCGCUGAUAAUUUAUUCUCACAGGUGAAUGUAUAUGGCUUCAUAUCCCUUUAAUCAAGUCAGUCUUGGAUUUCUGUAGAAGAUUAUUUCCUUCAGUCAGUUAUGGUUACACGACAAUACCAACAUAUCCCAGUGGACAGAUAGGAUUCAUACUGUGCAGCAAAAAUAAGGUUGGUAACACCUCGUGACAGACUUCGACAUCAGUUUUUUAUUAAGCUGGUGGUUGAUGGAAUUCGAUAAAUAGGGAGAAAAAAUUGGGUGUGCUAAAACGAAGUCUCUGGUAACCGAAACUUAAGGGGGAGAGGGUUGAUAAUACUAUUCACGUAGUGCGGUAUUACUUAUGCAUUGGGUGCAGAAGGUAUGAGCAGAAUAUUAGUGGGAGUUAUUUUAAGGUAGUAUAUUCAGGUAAUAACGAAAAAGUGUGCGAGGAAUGAGGUUGUAACAUAUAUAUCUCAUUGCACUUUAGGAAACUAAGUUUGAUAAUCCAGUUACUGAGUUUACUGAGGACCAACUUGAGAAGUUCCAGCUGAGGUACUACAAUGCUGACGUUCACAGAACCGCUUUUGUUUUACCACAGUUUGCAAAAAAGGUUCGUACCCAGGCUUCCUGUUUUUCUCCUUUUCUCUUUCCUGUUUUUCUUCUUAGCCAGCAAACACCAGUUUGAAAGUUUAGUAAAUGGAUUUUUCUGUCUCAAUUUUUUAGGCGCUUUCGAUAUGACACCCACACGACGAUAAUGGUAUUGUUGUUCCAUUACGUCUCUCUCUGCGGGAUACACUAGCGACAGAUAACAGUGACCAAGAUAAUUACAUAACCCGGUCAAUAAGAGAAAAUACAGUGCAGCUUAAAUAUAACGAGACUAAGCGAUAAGGAGACAACAAGUUACUCAUGAGUUCUACUUCCCCAGUCGAGAAAGGGUGGAGACCAGGAGCCCAUACUAAUAUAUUUUGCUUGUCACUUUUUUCUCCUUGGUUGCUCUUUCCUCAAAGGAAAAAUAAAGUUUAUUAUUAUAGUAUUUAUAUAAUUUAGUUGCCUUACCUGUAAUAAACAUGAAAUUGAUUAAAUUGGUAAGUGCCCUUAGCUUCAAUUCAUCAGUGUCGUCAUACUUACGAACUAUUUGCAAUUGAGUGAAAGUGAAUUUUCAGAUAUUUAAAUCUAUCGUAUCUAGUUGGUAAUUGAGGGUAUUAUUAGCAAACUCCUGCGCGUCCCUCGUGUCCCACUCUAAGUGCGAUUCGUAAGGUAUAGAUUUACUUGGGGUCCUUUAUUACUGGGACAAUGUUUGCAAGCAGCUCUAGACUCUUUGGUCAUCAAACUGUUCAUCUUAUGAAUAUUAUUUUUCGUAGUGCAAGAUAGAGCGGUAUGUGUGCAUGUUCAAGUAUUAACUAAUAUCUACGAGAAACCAAAUUGAUGGUCCAUAAUCGAGGAUAUACCUCAAAUAAUAAUCCCUUAUUUUUAAGCUGUACGUCUUUUACGUUAAGUCUUCGGUUAAAAUUAAUUUAAGGCGAGAGAGCGUUUUGUGGUUGUUAAAAAGGGACAUGUUGUUUGUUCAUGAAAUCGUAUCAGAGAAACACUGAAAAGUGAACAUCCCACGCAGUGAGCAGAUUCGUAGGCAUUUGUUUCCCCCCGUAAGUUUCAAAAGUAUUUGAAGGAUAUUAAAGAAAAUAGGCUCCAUUUAGCGAAACAUGCUUUUCGUUCACUAGUUUACUCGUGUUUGCGGGAAACCUUUGGAAACACACUCGCUACCAUUAUUCAUACAAAUUACCACUUGAAACCUGAUAGAUUAAUCGUCUGCUUGGCGUGUUUUACGGUCUUGAAUGUAAAAUUACUCUUUGAUUUGAUAUUUCAGUUUCGUUGCAUGCAGCCACUGGCUUGAAAAGUGAGGCAAGCCCCUUUGUCUGAUCGAAAGUUCUGCUUGGCAAUUCGAAAUUAAAAGUAAAACUAACCUUUUUUAAUUAUGUAUUUUUAUCCGCUGUGGGUUCGUUUUUUGCCAGGAAUUGAGCAGUGAUUUGAAAGGGGAAAAACUCGAGCACUUAACGGCUAACUUCUUUAAAACUUCCAAUUUAUUAAUUUUAAAUAAACAAUUCAAAUAGUUCUUCAUUAAUGAGUCGUGUCUCUCUGAAAUUAAGACAACCAUCCGGGAUAUUUGAAUCGAUUCACCGUGAUUCUUUGGAGUAGCAUUCAAUUAAUGAGGCAUUACAUACUGGCACUUUAAGCUUCCAACCUGAUCCAGCCACACUCUCAUUCUUUUAGGAGGUAAAGAAUCUACAAAGCUUUAGAGGAUCAGAACCUCUUUAUCCAGAACAGUUUGUUGAAAACAAGAACGAGUAUAUGUGCCCAAUUUGAAAAGAGGUACUUGAUCAACCAGUCCAGACAAAAUGCUGAACUCCACACACAUAUUUUGUGCUAGUUGUUGGUCAUUUUCUUUUGAAAUGUGUGGAUCCCUUUGCCCGGUGUGCUGAACUGUCACUGUAAAUCCUAACAAGUUCGUUGAGCAACUCCCUUUUGUUCUUCGCACUAUACUUUCAGUGUUAGAUUUUCAAUGUCCUACUUGUAAACAUACAGUAAAACUUCACCAACUACCUCAACAUCAAGAAUAUUGCAUUCAAAGCCCUACAACAGCACCCACACACGUCUUAACCCCUUCCCAAAGAUCAGUUUCAGUAAAACCACCUCCCCUUGUCCCAGUGAAACCCAUACCUGCAGCAGAGGAAAAGGGACCAGCACAGGUAAAUGUACUAUUAAUACAAGUAGAACUUACAACCACCACUAGCACAACAACAACUUGUGGGGAAAAACUGUCAGUUUAUCAAAUACUAACCAGCCCAAAGGAAGUUUAUUCAUCCCUAAAGGAGGAAGUUGGGUUGUUCAUCAUUUGACAUUUCCUUUCACAGUCUCAGGAUGGGGCAACUAUUCUCCUCAAAACAGGUGGCCAGGUAAUAAAAUAUUUUUUUAAGUUGAAAAUAAAGACAUUAAUUUCAAAACAAAAGAUAAGAUAAUCCAUUUUCAGCCCUUAGAAGAGUUUAUGUUAUUGCUUUGAAGAGGGACAUACAGGACACCUAACUAAAUGGUUCUCUAUUUCAGGUUUGUGUUCCUGGACUUCACAUUAGCUUGGGUGUGUUUAAGAAACUGUUUGAUGAACUAAAGAACCAGUGCUUUGCACUGGACAAAAAAAAUUCAAAUGAUGCUGGCAGGAGACAGUGAAGAGAAUGAUGAAAAGAUCCAGGCAUUCAGAGCUGCCCAACUACAUACUAGACAGGCACAAAAAUUUCAUGAAAAAGCCAAUUCUUUA